AUGUUAAAAAUAAAUGCGAAUAAUUUUAUAUUUAUAAAAAAUUUAUUAAAGAAAAAGUACCUUAUUGUAUUUUUUAUUAAUUUAAUUAUAAUUUUAAAUUUUCAUAAACAGACAACAAAGGAUUUUUACAUUUUUAAGUAUUAUUUAAAUAAUAUAUAUUAUUUGGAUGAAAAAAAUGAUCAAAUUCCUAGAAUUAAAGUAGUUAGAAAAAUAAAUGGAAACAGAAAGAAACUUAAGUCAUAUUUAACGAAUUAUAGAGAUGGUGCACUAGAUUUUAUAAAGGAUAACAAAAUUUUAGUGAUUUUAAAAAAAGAAAUAUAUAUAAUAAAAAAUAAAUUAUAUAUAUGGAACCUUUUUUUCAGGAUUAUAAUUUAUAAUAUCCUUGUAAAAAGAAAAGAAAAUUUUGAUUUACAAUUAACACUGUCUGAAAAUAAUUUAUUUAAAGACUGUGUAUAUGCAAAAGAAAUUUUAAAAAAAAAUCAAUUAAUUAAAAGCCGUAUAUUAUUAUCUUUAUCAAAAAGGCGUAGGAAUAAAGGAUCAAGAAAUCCUUCAAAAAAAAAAAAAUCAAAAAUGCGUAAAAAAAAAAAAAAUAAAAAAAAAAGGAAUAAGAAAAAAAAAGGAAAAAAAAAAAGACGUAGAUCAAAGGGUGCAAAAAAAAAAAAAAAACGUAAGUCUCGAAAAAGAAAAAAUAAAGAAAAAAAGAGAAAGAAGGAUAUAGAAGAAGAUGAAGAACUUUUGCAAAAUAGAAAACAAUUAAGAAAAAGAAGACGUGAAAAUAAAGAGAGUGACAAAGGAAAUAGGAAUCAUAAUAUGAAAGAAUCAAAGAUUAAAUAUUCUAGAUUAGAAGAGGAUGAUGAAGAAGACGUUGAUGAGGCAGUAGUAGAGAAAAAGAACAGAAAGGCAAGUAAAGAAGAUGAGGAAGAUGAAAAAGGUUUAAGGGGUCAAAAGCGUAAAAGGACAAAUGAAGAUGAAGAUGAGGAAUUAGAAGAAAUAAGUAAACCUAUAAGAUCUAGAAAAAGUGAAAGAAGAGCAUCAAGAAAUGUAGAUGGAGAUGAGGAAUUAGAAGAAGAAAAAAAAAGACCUAUGAAAUCUAGAAAAAGUGAAAGAAAAGCACCAAGAAAUAUGGAUGAAGAUGAGAAAGAAAGCGAAAAUGUAAACAAAGCUGUUGAAGAACUAACUUCAAAAAAAAAAAUUCUGCAAAAUGCUGAAAGAAGUAUAACAUCGUUAUUGAGAUCUAUUGACAUGCUAGAAUCAUAA